UCAUUUUAUUCCGGCGAGCUCAUUAAUAUAUAAUAACCCGUACAUCUUCUUGAGUUUCGCAGUGUUUGGAUUUUCCGCUUCCAAUUUUCCGAUUCUUUCACCGAUGGAUCAAUUCAGAGGUCAACCUCGGCUCCCGAAAUUUGCCGUUCCGAAACGAUACGAUAUCACCCUCAAACCGGACCUCUCCCUCUGUAAAUUCUCUGGUUCUGUUGCAAUCGAUAACGAUAUCCUUUCCGAUACUCGAUUCCUAGUACUCAAUGCCGCCGACCUUCAUGUUCACGAUGCGUCUGUUUCCUUUACCAAUCGGAACUCCUCCAAGGUUAUCCAGCCUUCGAGCAUUCAAGCGUGUGAAGAGAACCAAAUUUUAGUUUUGGAGUUUGCAGAGACGCUACCAAUUGGGUUAGGAACAUUGAGUAUGGACUUCGAAGGAAUCUUGAAUGAUAAAAUGAAAGGAUUCUAUAGAAGCACUUAUGAGCACAACGGUGAGAAGAAAAACAUGGCUGUUACACAAUUUGAACCAGUUGAUGCUAGACGUUGCUUCCCUUGCUGGGAUGAACCUGCUUUUAAGGCUACAUUCAAGAUCACGUUAGAUGUACCAUCUGAACUAAUAGCACUUUCCAAUAUGCCAAUUAUUGAAGAAAAAGUGAAUGGUCAUUUGAAGACGGUUUCAUAUCAAGAAUCACCAAUUAUGUCGACAUAUUUAGUGGCCAUUGUUGUUGGUUUAUUUGAUUAUGUGGAAGAUCAUACAACUGAUGGGGUCAAAGUUCGUGUAUACUGUCAAGUUGGAAAGGCAAAUCAAGGAAAAUUUGCAUUACAUGUUGCUGUUAAGACUCUUGAUCUAUACAAGGAAUAUUUUGCUGUGCCAUACUCUCUGCCUAAACUCGACAUGAUUGCAAUUCCUGACUUUGCUGCUGGGGCCAUGGAAAACUAUGGUUUAGUUACCUAUCGUGAGACUGCUUUACUUUAUGAUGAUCAGCACUCAGCAGCCGCUAACAAACAGAGGGUGGCAACUGUUGUGGCUCAUGAACUUGCACACCAAUGGUUUGGCAACCUUGUAACUAUGGAGUGGUGGACACAUUUGUGGCUGAACGAGGGAUUUGCAACAUGGGUGAGUUAUUUAGCUACUGAUAGCUUGUUUCCAGAGUGGAAAGUAUGGAAUCAAUUUCUUGAAGAGUCAAACCACGGUCUUACUUUGGAUGGGCUUGCUGAAUCACAUCCAAUUGAGGUUGAGAUAAAUCAUGCCAGUGAAGUUGAUGAAAUAUUUGAUGCAAUUAGCUACAGAAAAGGUGCAUCUGUUAUUCGAAUGUUACAAAGCUAUCUCGGUGCUGACUGUUUUCAGAAAUCACUCGCUGCAUACAUAAAAAAGCACAGUUGCUCAAAUACUAAGACUGAAGACUUAUGGGCUGCUCUAGAGGAGGGGUCUGGUGAACCUGUGAACAACUUAAUGAGUUCCUGGACCAAGCAACAAGGAUAUCCUGUUGUCACUGUCAAAGUGAAAGAUGAGAAAUUGGUGUUUGAGCAGUCAAGAUUUUUGUCGAGUGGUUCCUGUGGAGAGGGGCAAUGGAUUGUUCCCAUAACAUUGUGCUGUGGCUCUUAUGAUGUGCGCAAGAAUUUUCUGCUGCAAACAAAGACAGAAUCUGUAGACAUCAAGGAGUUCCUUGGUUGCUCCAUCAGCAAAUACUCUGGUGGAAAUGAUAAAUAUUGUGAUUGGAUAAAGCUUAAUGUAGAUCAGACUGGUUUUUACCGGGUGAAGUAUGACGAAGAUCUUGCAGCUAAGCUUAGAAAUGCAAUAGAGAAAAAUCAUUUGACUCCAACGGACAGAUUUGGUAUUUUGGAUGAUGCAUUUGCCCUUUCUAUGGCUUGCCAGCAAUCAGUUGCCUCUUUGCUUACCUUGAUGGGUGCUUACAGGGAGGAACUUGACUAUACUGUGUUAUCGAAUUUGAUCAGUAUAAGCUACAAACUUGAAAGAAUUGCAGCUGAUGCGGUUCCUGAGUUACUGGACAACCUCAGACAAUUUUUCACCAACAUUUUCCAAUUUGCAGCAGAAAAACUAGGUUGGGAUCCCAAACCAGAUGAAAGCCAUCUCGAUGCAAUGUUGAGAGGAGAACUUUUGACUGCUCUUGCUCUGUUCGGUCAUGAGCAGACAAUAAAAGAAGCAAAUAGGCGAUGCCUUGCAUUCUUAGACGACAGAAGUACGCCAGUACUCCCACCCGAUAUUAGAAAGGCGGCGUAUGUGGCCGUAAUGCAGACAGUCAAUGCUUCAAACAGAUCUGGUUACGAAUCUCUUUUAAGAAUUUAUAGAGAGUCUGAUCUUAGCCAGGAGAAAACACGCAUUCUAAGUUCCUUGGCAUCUUGUCCAGAUCCUAACAUCAUUCUUGAAGUUCUCAACUUUUUAUUGUCGUCUGAGGUUCGUAGUCAAGAUGCUGUUUUUGGACUAGGUGUUAACUGGCAAGCACGUGAAACAGCUUGGACAUGGCUGAAGACUAAAUGGGAAGAAAUCUCCAAAAUCUUCGACUCCGGGUUUCUGAUUGGACGCUUUGUCAGUGCCACAGUCUCCCCGUUUGCCUCGUAUGAAAAAGCUAAGGAAGUUGAGGAGUUCUUUGCAAGCCGUGUUAAGCCAUCGAUGGCCCGAACGUUGAAGCAGAGCAUCGAGCGUGUUCACAUUAAUUCGAGAUGGGUUCAGAGCGUCCAGAAGGAGACUACUCUUCCCGAUGCUAUAAGAGAGCUAGCGUGGAGGCGAUAUUAGGUUUCUGAAUGUGAAGCAUCUUUGAAAAUAAGCCUCCUGGUAAUGUAACAGUUUAUUAGAUUUAUGAACUCCAAACAAAUCCCCCCCAAUCCCAUAAUAAAGUAGAAUAAUCAUCCGUUCUCUUUCGUCUGUCUGCUUGCCCCUAGAAAAUAGGCUCGACUUUGGUCGCACAAUUAAAAUAAUUGAAGAUAAAGCCAUUUUUCUUUGAGGUUAAUUGUA